AUGGAGAGUGAGAGAUGGUCUAGGGUUCCGAAAGGUAGAGAGACAGAGAAGAUGGAGAGUGGGAUGGGUAAGAGCAAUUAUUACUAUAGUCAUGGUGUGAUGGGAUCAGCUGGGUCUUCUUCUGGGAUGUUGAUGCCUCCUCCUCUUGUGAAUUCUUAUGCUGCUGCUGCUGCAGAUCAGACUAGUAGUUCUAGUAACCAUCAGCACUGCUUUGUUUCUCUGCCUUUUACCAACAUUAAUCCAAACCAAAAUGGUAGUCAGGAAUAUGAGAUGAGAAUGAAAACUAAGGUCAUGAGUCAUCCUCUCUUCCCUCGCCUCUUGGCCUCUUAUGUCAAUUGUCAAAAGGUUGGGGCUCCUGCUGAAGUGGUGGCUAGGUUAGAGGAUGCGGCUGCGGCCUCAAUAUCUUCUUCGGCUGCUCUUUCUGCAGCAUGUGAAGAAUCAGAACCAGACCCAGAGCUGGAUCAGUUCAUGGAGGCCUAUUGUGAGAUGCUUACCAAGUACCAUGAAGAGCUUACAAAACCCUUCCAUGAAGCCAUGCUUGGCCUCUCUAAAAUCAACUCCCAGCUCAAAGCUCUGUCCGUUUCACCAUCAUAUUCUGCUAGUACUGGUGAUCUUGUUGGACAAGGUGGCUCUUCAGAAGAGGCUGGUGUGAAUGAAAAUUGCAUAGAUCCAAGAGCCAAAGAUUGGGAUAUUAGAGCUAAGCUUCUGCAAAAGUACGGUGGAUCUCUUGGCAGUCUCAGCCAGGAGUUAAAGAAGAAGAAGAAGAACGGAAAGUUGCCCAAGGAAGCCCGGGUUCAGUUGCAAGAAUGGUGGAGCAGAAAUUACACAUGGCCCUAUCCAUCGGAGCCUCAAAAGCUAGCCCUAGCAGCAUCUACAGGUCUGACUGUGAAGCAGAUAAACAACUGGUUCAUAAACCAAAGGAAACGCCAUUGGAAACCGUCUGCGGAGGGUAUGCAACUUGCUAUGGUGGAUCAUUCCUUCCAAAAAAUGGUGGAUCAUCCCCAAUUCUUCUACAAUUAUAUGGACCAUCUCAUAUGUAAUCCAUCACCUAUGGAUUGCACGUCUACUCCUAUGGUCGACUGA